AAAACAUGACGCGUGGCACGGUGCCUUCUGUUGGACUAUCUGAGGAUGGACCCGCCCAAAACUCCUUCAUUUCGGAGGAGCGCUUGCACCAAAUUAGGAAGUCCUCUCUUGCUCGAAUAUUCUGUGAUAACUCCGAUAACAUUACUAUGAUGCAGAGGAAUGUGUUCCUGAGACCAUCGACGACUGACAACGAUCUAAUGCCGUGCAGCGAGGAGAUCAUCCCGAAAAUGAAGCUCGAGGCUUGGCGGGAGCAGCACGUCAAACUCAACCGACACAUGUCGUGAAACACCGCUCACGUUGACGAGCUUACUGUGAUGCUGGGACAUGAUACAUAUGUCGCUUUAAAGUUGCCAAUACACCAAAUAAUAAAAACCAAAUAACUGA